AAAUCGACUAAUCACGGGGUAUAAAACGAUGGAAGUGUAAUGCACAAAGUUAGAAUACAACAAUGAAGAUUUCGAAAUUUUUAUUUAUCGCGGUGAUUGUCGUAGGCUUAUGUAGUUCGCUAACAUGGGCUAGUCCCAUAGCCAAGCCCGGAGCUAAACCCGAACCUAUAGCCGAAGCUGCACCCGAAGCUGCACCCGAAGCUGUGGCUGAUGCUAUAGCCGACGCUUCACCCGAAGCUGUGGCCGAAGCUAUAGCCGAUGCUAUAGCCGAAGCUAUAGCCGUAGCGGCAUCCAAAGCUAUGGCUCUAGCCGAUCCUAUAGCCAAAGCUUUCGCCAACGCUGUAGCCAAAGGUGCAUCUAUUCAAACUUAAUGGUGUUCAUGUUCCUAUUGUUCAUUCAAUACAUUGCGACAAAUAAGUAGUUAAGAAGUUAGUAGCACAUCAAUUAAGAAGAUCACAUUUCAAUGUAUUUGUGCCACGACAUAAAUAAUAUUAAUUAUGUCACUAUAAAACAUAAAUAAAUAAAUAAAUAUUAUAAUUAUUAA